AUAUUUAAUUACUGUAAAAUAUGCUCCAAUCAACUUUGUAUCAAGUACAACUAAAAAAGUGUCUAGUUUGGCCCAGAUUUGGACAAAAUGAGGAUGAAUAAAUGACAGAAAUCUCAUUUUCAGUUUAACUAUUUCUUUACCAUGCCUUCUUUAAUUUACCUUUACUGUUUCUGACCAACCAUAAUAUUUUCUUGAUUACGAUUAUAAUGCCGACUAGAAAAGAAAAUAGCAAAUAACUUUUACGUCUGCGCGCCGCGCGCAUGCAUUUGCAAAUGCGAAGUUAACGGGUGCCAGGAUUGCGCAUGCGCACAUCGCGUGACUACGAAAAGUCUUUUCCCCGCUACUAAGCUAAGUUAGCCAGUUUCCUUCAUUCUUGUAUUUGGUAUUUAAUGAUUAAAAAAUGAGCCUAGAAUCUCUUUUCGAGCAAAUUUUAUUGACAGAGCAGCAGGUGUCGGAAAAUAUCAAGCAGCUUCAUGAAGUUAAAGCUGCCAUCAAGAGUGUACAGGACAAAAUAAACUCCUCGUGUGAAAAACUGGAGAAAGCACAUCAUGAACUGGACGAUAAGGCUCAGCUCCUGUCUGAAAACAAACUGGAGCUUGUUUUGAUGACAAAGCGACGAGAUCAAUUGGAAAGGAAGAGAGAGGAGGUCCUGGAACUGCAGAAAGACCUCAAAGAAACCCUGGACAGACUGAAAAGAGAAUUUUGUAAAGAAAGAGAGAAAUUCCUGAAGGAGAUGAUAACUUUCAACAAUAAAUUCAACCUAAUCGGCAACAGAAAUGCUGUUUUUCACACCCAAACCCGCUCUAAGAUCCAGAGUCUGGAGUUGGAAGCUGAAACUCUACACAGAGAGAUGGACUUGCUGAAGCAAAAGAACACUUCGCUGUGUUCCAUGGAGGCAGAGAAGAUAUCACUAGAAGCUGAGCUCCAGGAUAUAAAAUCACAGCUUACAGAUAUAGAGAGAGAUCUGAAAGAAGCAGUUGCUUUGACAGACAUUUUGAAGACAGAGAGGCUCACAGUCCGUCAGAAACCUUUGACGGACAGCACCUGUAUCAGACUCAAGAAAGAGCUGGAGUUAUAUAAAGAAGAAGAGCUUGAGCUUCUGCGAGAGACCCUUAGCUCUGAGAUUCACUCCCUGCAACUGAAGUUAUCACAGAAGGGCAUUUUGUGUUGAGGCUGAGGGCUUCAGUCAGAUUUCAACGUAUGCUUGAAAAACCCUGUUUUGUAGGCUUAUAUCUGUCAUUUUGAUUGUCGUUUUUGAAGUGACCGGUUUGUUUUGCCUAGGAAUGAUUUAAUUUUGUUGGACACAGACUUCAUAUACAGUGUAACCAACAUUGUAACAACUUAAGAUGAUGUGAUCUGUAGUUUUGAUCUUGCUUAUUUGUACUGUUAGAAAAGCUUUAAUAAAUCCAAUGUUGAACUAUA